AUGGCGACUCCCGCCACCUCUCAAGAUGACGUCUGCCAGUUUUGUCAGAUAGCCAACAGCCAGAGCGACACGGAAAUUCUCCUGAGCGAUAGUGAACUGCUGUGCUUCCGGGAUGUGAAACCCGGUGCUGCCCAUCAUUACCUGGUCAUUACCAGGACUCACAUCGACAACUGUAAAGCUCUACGGGAGGAGAACAUUCCCACAGUGGAGCGGAUGGCUGAAAUGGGAAGGAGAGUCUUAGAGAAAAAUAAAGUGAGAGACCUGGAAGAUAUCAGUAAGAUGAAUGUAAGCUCUCAGCUCAAAUACGGGCCACAGUCGCACUGGUUCAUCACAGUGGAGAAAGCGCUUUCUCACCUGAGGACACGGGGCAAAAUUAAAUGA